AUGCGCAAUAAUAGUCUACCAUCUACCCGCCCGUCACCAUCAUCGUUGUUCAGGCGUCAGUUUCCAAUUGACUGGCAGUCAGCUGGUCAGUUCAGUAUACUACCUCUACCGCGCAAGACACUGGAAGACCCAUCGUCAACGCUAGUCGAAUACUAUUUCAAAGAAGUCGCUGGACUGUUUUCAAGUUACGAUAGUCACAUGAACCCAUUUAGAACGACGGUCUCUCGUCUGUGGGCUUCCUCGCCGGCUAUGUGCCGCACAUUGCAGAGUAUGGCGGCCGCAACGCUGGUCGAUGAUUUCCCUCAGUUCGGUCCGGUAGGACUCAAAAUGCGCAAGGAGGCUAUAUCAUUACUGGAAGGUCAAGAGACACACGACGAUAAAUCGCUACUUGCCAUGUUGAUGCUCGGCCAGACGGCAAGCUGGCACAACCCGAAUGAUUUGGGUAUAUCCUAUUUCAACACUCUUCGGAACCACCUCAAUUCUCUUACCAGCGGAAUCAACAGUGGUUCGCUACUGACGAACCGCAACAACUAUCAAUUCUUCGAGGAAGCACUUGUAUACUGGGAAAUGCUACUGUCGUACGUGGCAGAUACCGGUACGUUAAAUUCAUCUGCAAAGAUGGAUCUACAAGCAGCAAACGAUCAACUCUUGACGCAAAAAGUGCCGCAUCCAUGGACGGGAAUUGCUCGUGAUACACAAUUUAUUGUGAACAAAGUCGGCCGACUUGUCCGGCGAGAACGCAAGCGGGUUCGUGCGAAACGGUUUACAUCGCAAAGAGACAUUGCGCAGGCGCAAGAAGCUAUCCGAGAAGCACAGGAGCUGGAAGAGAGACUGCUGAGUCUGGCACAUCCAGCAGAGACCGAGGUCGUGAAUCCUGGAGAUGACGAAACCCCUGUAUGGCAUUUACUUGCUAUGGCUGAGGUUUAUCGACACACUGGACUGUUGCAGUUGUAUCGGGUAUUUCCGGAUCUUCUGCGUGAUCGAUUACAGGCAGAGAGCAUAUCUAAAGGUGAUAUAUCUAGUACUCUAGAUCCGAACAUAUUGUACCAACCAGAGGAUCUUGGAAACAGCUCUCACUUUUCUUUUGACGUAUUUAGCAAUCUGGAGAAUCUCCAAAAUCUGGACAACCCACAAAAGGACGACGGCGAGGGCGACUGCAAUACGGAUGACCUAUCGGAGGAUGUGAAAUCAGAAUGGCUGACUACCAUAGCCCUGACGGCCAUGUCUCGUCUCAAAACUGUACCCCUCGAGUCUCGGACAAGAUGUCUGCAGCCUUUCUUGUUGGUGGCUUCCUCCAGCGAACUUCGAUUGCCGGCCAUGGAAUUACCGUCCUUGGAUCCUAGUCGAGACGACUAUUCACUGAACUUGUCCGCACAUGCCAUCGAAGUUUCUCGCACACGCAAAUUCAUCCUGGGCCGGCUAACUUCAUUCCUGCAUGUGCUCCCGCCUAAGCCCAUCCAUAUAUGUGUUGACCUGGUGCAAGAGGUCUGGCGCCGCAUGGAUGCUGGAGAGUCGGAUGUGUACUGGAUGGAUGUGAUGAUUGAUAACGGCUGGGAGACGACAAUGGGUUGA